CAAGACGAGCCCUUUUCAGCUAUGUCUUUCUUUCUCUAGUAGCAUUUGUUUCCUCACUGUCAGACAUCCAGACCCAGGCUUCCUGCUGCAUCUAUCUCAGCUCCGUUGCACCAUGGGCAGCCUGAGGCCCGGACACUGGUCCCUGAUCCUGGUCCUCAUGCUCCUGCUGCAGAUUCAGCCCGUUAAGGUGCAGGGAGUUGAUCCUGUGACGCAGAAACUACGACGACUCAACGAACAGUUCCAGCAGUUCCAGGCGCUGACCCAGGCCCGUUUGAACAUGUUGGCCCAGAACCAGAACAGAAACUCAUCGAGGGGAUUGGAGAGCCAAGUAAAGGCACUAAGCGAAAACUGGCAACACUUGUCAGAAGACCUGGAUCAACUCAAGCGGAGCUCAACGCAGGAGAUAGAGGGUCUCAGGGAGUGGAGUAGGAAGCUGGAGAAGAAGAGUAAACGUAUGGAGGGUCGUCUUGCUUUCAUGGAGAGGAACCUGAGGGAGAACCGCCGCCAUGCCCAGAAACAGAAGCCCGAUCCUGGUCAGGAUAUCCCCAACCUCACCCUGGAGCUCCAGAGCCAAGACGAACGGCUCGGUGCCCUUCAGAUCCAGCGAGACGAGCUGAUCGUUGGGCUGAAAGGGCUGCAGGAAUCCCUGAAGAACCAGGCGCUGCGUCUGACCCGACUGGAGGGUCAGGUCUUGCAGAAGAGUGAUGGUGGAGCGCUGUGGAGGGCGGAAGAGUUGUUCAACUCCAACAUCACAUCUCAGGAACACUAUGAACCACGCAGGAGAUCAAAGACACAUAGAGGGAGAGAGAGAUUGAGACUGGACUCCGAACCCAUAGUAGAAGGUCCCUUUCAAUACCCGUCAGUACCAAUAAACCGAAGACAUUCAAAGGAGUCAAAACCUCAGCAAGAAUCUCAUCUGCAUUACUCGCCCCAACCAGACUCUUACGGUCUCCAGUCCCACAUCCAGGUGCCGGCCCAGAAAAGACCUUACCCGAUCCGGCAGGAGCAGAUCCAGUCUGUGCCUAAUCUUCAUACCCAGGUACGACAAAGAUACCAGCCUAAGUUAUAUCGCCAGAGACACCCCCAGUUACACAACCCCACUUGGUCCUAUUGGACCCAGCCCCUGCCCCAUUCUCCAACUUAUCCUGAACCUAGCAAAGUCAGGCAGAGUACAACCAGUCCGUGGCCUCCACCGCCUAAAGGUUCAGAUGAUAUCCCUCAACCCAAAUCUGAGACUCAGGAAGAAACUGACACAAAGGAAGAGUCUUCAGUGAUCCAUAACUUCCUCCAGCUUCCUGUGAGGCACAAGAUCCCUUCACGACCUGUUCCUAAAAAGGAUGCAACCAUCUGUAACGUGGACUCCCUGCUGCUCUUCCCCUCGGCAUCAGCAGACAACUUCGUCACCUUCUUCCGGACUUUUCCCAACCUUCUUGAACUUUCUGUGUGUUUGUGGCUCCGUGUGGAAGCCUCCCAUGUCGGCACACUGCUCUCUUACGCCACAGACGACAACGACAACCAGUUAGUUCUGUAUGGACGUAACUCCUCUGCCUCUUCUGCAUCCAUCUCUGCUUCUUCCUCCUCCUCUCUGGACUUCAUCAUUGGAGACCCAGUGUAUCGUCGUCUCCCCGCGUCGUCGCUGAUGGACGCUCGCUGGCACCACCUUUGCGUCGUGUGGUCCUCCAUCCAGGGGCGUUUCUGGCACUACGUUGACCGGCGCCUCACCUCCUCAGGCUCUCACUUCAGAAAGGGCUGGGAGAUACCUGGGGGAGGGUCCGUGGUGUUGGGGCAGGAGCAGGACGUUGUGGGAGGAGGGUUUGACUCUGCGGAGGGUUUUGCCGGUCAGAUAGCAGGGUUCAGGAUGUGGAACCGGGUGCUGAGUGCUUCAGAGGUUGAAGGGGUGGCAGAAGGAAGAGGUUUGCCCAGAGGGGUGGUGCUCGGCAUGGAGGACAUAAAGGAGGUGCAUGGGGAGGUGCAGCAGGUGGCAUGUGAAUGUUUAGAGCACUGUGUGUGAUCAAGUUACAGAGGAGGAUUCAUAUAGAGAGUUUCUUUCCAAAACAUUAUUUCGGUAGGGAAUGCUUUCAUUGCUGGCCUUUUAACCGGCCAUGCAAACACUUUAUCUUCUCUAUUAUGCUUUUUUGGCUAAAAUCCUGAAGAUCACUCAAGAGGGAAUUUCUCUCUCACUCCCUCUGAAAUGCCUCCAUAGGAUGCCUUUGUUUAUUUCAGCGACAUAUUGACAUCACUCCGUAACACUUGCGUUUUUAUAAAGACCUUUUUGAACAUUAAAGCAUGUAAACAUGUCACAAAAGAGAAACAAAAUACAAAUAUGAACCUGAAAAUGAGCGUGAUAGGGCCCCUUUAAUACGUGUUGGAAGUAUAUCAAGCAGUAUGUUGUUUCUGAUCAACCAAAACUGGGACUGUUCCGACUGAUAUGCAAAAUUAUUAAGUGUUAAACACUACCAAGGAUCUUAGAAUAAUAAUGUGUAUACACAAGUGUUCUAGUACAUGAUUUGAUAUUCAUUUUCAUCAGUUCCUUGACAAAAAUAUUUUAUUGUAGUAUGUGGAUCAGGUAAGACUGUUUCAAUUGUGCAGGGUUUUGGAUAGUGUUGCCAUUUAAUCAUUGACAAUGCCUUGUUAACAUUAAACUGUAGAAUCAAAGUUGAAAUGUAAUAAAAUGUGCUAUUUGGA